GUAAAGAUGAGCAGGACUGGUGGCGGUAAGAAGCUGAAAGGGACCGGAGGGAGUAUUAGAGUAGACAGGAGCCGCCAGAGGGUCUCCUCUCCUGGCGCUAAGAGUAAAGGAAGCAGCAGCAGGAAGGUUUCUCUACCGUUCCUCAUAGCCUCUGGAGUGGGCGUGGCUCUAGUAUCAGUAUUGAUUGCUGUCUGUGUACGCUGGGCUAUGACAUCAUCACUGAAUCAACCAAUCGGAUUGCCUCGUGUCAUUAACGAUGAAAUGAUGGGAGGGGCCCAAUACAAGGAAAGACUGUGGGGGAGCUACAGAUCAAACGUCUAUUUUGGAAUGAGACCACGAUUGCCACGGUCUAUAGUGGUUGGAAUGGCCUGGAUGUAUGGCCUGGCCACACCCACUGGUGAAGUAUCUUUAUAUAUUCGUCACACGUGUCAACAUGCUGAUAAUCUUGGGAGGUAUGGGUGGGGCCAGCAUGAUGGGAGGAGCUUCGGACAGCAAGAAAUAACAGACUCUUACAUGAAGCUCUCCACUAGUUUUAUCAUCAACACGUUACCAGGAGCACCUGGGGAAUCAUGGACUGCCAGGAUCAGGGCAGACUCUCGCUCGUCUGAAAAUGCCACACUGUCAUUAUUGUUCUAUGUAUUUAAUGAAGGGACAGAAGAAUUGAGUUUUGAAUUAGGAAACUCUGGAAGCACUAUUGAAAGUAUAACUGGAGACAUUGAUACUAUUGGUAAUUUUAGGAUUAAUUUCACACCAACCGUUGCUAGGCAACCGUAUUACAGUUACCUAGCAACCGAUCUUAACAAGAUCAGUCUGUUGUCUCAUUUCAUUGAGACGGUACUGAAGGAGGGGCGGAGCCCAUUGUUCCCUGGAGAACGAUACAUAUUUGACUCUAGAAAAACAAAACUAGUCGUGUAUCAGAUGCAUGGUCAGUUGCCGUUAGAGUUUGAGGUCACGUAUUCAUCAGGGGAACAGGUUCCGCUGGUGGGGGAGAGGUUCGGAGAGGAGCUGGCUAAAUAUUCAAAUUAUUUUAAUAAAAAAUUUGAAGAAACGUUCAACCUUAAAGAAAAGGGAUUCUCUGAUGAUAUGAUAGCUUUUGCACAGUCAGCAUUUAGUAACUUAAUUGGAAGCAUUUCGUACUUUUAUGGAGAAUCACUUGUAAUGUCUCCUGGUAUGAAGAAACCAAUAAAUUAUUUCCCAGCCCCACUAUACACUGGGGUCCCUUCUCGUUCAUUCUUUCCUCGCGGUUUCCUCUGGGACGAAGGAUUUCAUCAGCUGCUAGUAACACAAUGGGACACUGAUAUUGUAAAGGAUGUAUUGGGUCACUGGUUGGAUAUGCUCAACGCUGAAGGUUGGAUCCCUAGGGAGCAGAUAUUGGGGGAAGAGGCUCUUAGUAAAGUACCUGAGGAGUUUGUGGUUCAGUACAGCAGCAAUGCUAAUCCUCCAGCUCUGUUCCUCACUGUGGAGGCACUGGUGGGUAGGAUGGAAGAGACUAAUAAACUAAUGGAUGUUAAUUAUUUAAAGAGAAUAUAUCCAAGAUUAGAAGCAUGGUAUAACUGGUUUAUUAGGACGCAGAAAGGUCCGAGGCCCUUCACUUAUCAGUGGAAGGGAAGGAAUGGCUCCACCUUCAGUGAGCUGAACCCAAAGACUCUCACCUCAGGACUGGACGACUACCCGAGGGCCUCCCACCCAACCAAUGAGGAAUACCAUAUCGACCUCAGGUGCUGGCUCAGCCUAGCAACUAGUGUAUUAAUUAAAAUUGGAAAUAUCAUUAAAGUUCCUACUGAUGAUUAUAAAGAAUAUUUAAAGUCUUUGAAUGAUUUUGAUACUUUGAAUAAACUUCAUUGGGACACUAAGAGACAGGUAUACAGUGAUUACGGGUUACACACUUCUAGUGUUAAACUAGUUACUGAUAGAGAUGCUAAUCCUCCUGUUGAAAUUAGGAAAGUUAUGAAGGAACCUCGUUUAAAAUUUGUUGACAGUUUUGGUUAUGUUAAUUUGUUUCCAUUUUUGAUGAAACUGUUGCCACCUGAUUCAUUCCAGCUGGAGGCUACCCUCACUC